AUGAGUGUUGGAUUCAUCAACGGCUUAGUUGUUCCAAGUUCGGGAAGAAGUGGGAGUUUGGCUAUGUUGUGGAGAAAGGAAAUUUUUGUAGAUAUCCAAAGCUAUUUGGGGAGGCAUAUUGAUGCCAUUGUUACUGAAGAUUCAGGGUUUAAAUGGUGGAUUACUGGAUUUUAUGGAAAUCCUGAGGUCCAUCGAGGAAAGGAAUUGUGGGAUUUAUUAAAAGCUCUUAACAAAAAGGUUAACCUCCCUUGGUUGUGCUUCGGCGACUUCAAUGAAAUCGUAUCAAUGGAGGAGAAGAUGGGUGGAGCUCGAAGACCACAAAGGCAAAUGGAUGAUUUCAGAGAAGGAAUAAAUUGUUGUCGGUUCAGGGACCUUGGCUAUUGUGGUCCGGAUUUUACUUGGCGUAAUAUCCAAGAGGGAGUACACAAAAUGUAUCUUCGAUUAGAUCAUGCCCUGGCUACGCAAGAGUGGAUUGAUCACUUUAAGGAUAUGAGAGUGCACCAUCUUGUGGAAUCUACUAGUGACCAUUAUGCACUUCUGAUCACUGAUUCCAUUACCUCACAAAGCCCCCAGAAGAGAAGGUUCCAGUUUGAAGCAAUGUGGACAAGAAGAGAUGAAUGUAGAGAUAUUAUUAAGGCAGCUUGGAAUGAAAGUGUAAACUCUAAUACUCCAGAUAGCAUAGCAGCAGGUCUCAAGCAUUGUGCAGAUGAUUUAUCAAGGUGGAACAGAUUAGUUUUAGGCCAUGUUCUAAGGCAGAUUCAGAAUAAAAGGAAAAUCCUAAGUGACCUGGUCUUGAGGGAUCAAAAUGGAAGCAAUGGUAGUGAAAUCAACAAGAUCGGGAAGGAGAUUAAUGACUUACUGGAUUAUAAGGAGAUCAUGUGGCAACAAAGGUCCAAAGUACAGUGGAUGGGUCUUGGGAAUCGCAAUACAAAAUACUUCCACACAAAGGCCUUUGGGAGAAAAAAGAAAAACACCAUUACCAAGCUCAUGGAUGAGAGGGGGACCUAG